AUGACGAGACAGAAAAGGGUAAUAGCGGUUAUUGGGGCGACUGGAAACCAGGGUGGCUCUGUUGCUCGUUCGCUAUUGGAUAAUGAAGCCUUUGAAGUGCGAUGUAUCACCAGGGAUGCGUCGUCGCCCCAGGCAGAGGCUCUCACAUCCCUCGGCGCCAAAGUGAUCCAGGCUGACGCUGCACAACGCCCAGAGCUGGAGAAGGCACUUUCAGGAUGCUAUGGGCUGUUUGUGAACUACAGUGUCUAUGGCGCUGAUAUUGGCGAGGCAGAACGCCUGGGGAGAGAGAUAUUUCUUGCAGCGGCCGCAGCGGGGAUCAAACAAGUUGUCUUCAGUUCUGAGCCUCAUCCAGAGAAGCUCACGAGUGGCAGAGUUCCACUCGAUUACUUGGAUGUCAAGGCACGAGUGUAUGAAUGGGUCUACCAGACCCAGAACUUCGACUCUUUCACACCGAUCAUGCCCGGCUGGUUCAUGGAAAACAUGCAGGACUCCCUUAUGCAAACUCUACUCGACGGAUUCCCCGCCAAAAAGGACAACGAUGGAUACUUGACAUGUCGCUCGCCUUUAUGGGGUGGCAAUGAAGAUGUCCCCUGGAUCAGUAUAGGAGAUGACUUUGGGGACAUGGUGCACGGUAUCUUCCUCGAUCCAAUUCGAUGGAAUCAUCGGCCUGUCCAGGCGGUUGCGGAUCCGAUGUCAUUUGGCGAGAUGACUCGCAUUUUCUCACUUGUCACGGGCCAAAAGACACGAUAUAUUCCAUGUGAUCUCUCCGAGGUGGUGUUCGGGGUUAAAUAUGACAAUCUAAAAAAUCAGGAUCCAGCCGCCUUGUUUAGAUAUGCUCAGCUACGACAUGGUGAGUAUUAUGGAAAUGGGCCUACUGAGAACCGAACCGCCAGUCAACUCAAGAAAGCUGCUUUCAAGGCCAAAGGGGGAAAGGGGCGAGAAACCCUUCUCACACUGCAAGAGUAUCUUGAGCGAGAAUUUACCUGA